UCCACCGAGUCUCCCAAGCAAUACGAUAACAUCUUGGUUGAGACUAAGGGAAAGGUCGGCCUUAUUACCUUGAACCGUCCCAAGGCUCUCAACGCUCUCUCCAGCCAGUUGUUUGUCGAAAUCAACGAAGCUCUGCGUAGUUUUGAUGCUGACAAGGAUAUUGGUGCCAUGGUCAUUACUGGCUCUGAAAAAGCUUUUGCUGCCGGUGCCGAUAUCAAGGAAAUGAAGGAUAACACUUUCAUUGACAACUACAAGAAGAACUUCUUGGGUCACUGGGCUGAAAUGACUGAGAUCAAGAAGCCCAUCAUUGCCGCCGUCAACGGCUACGCUCUCGGUGGUGGUUGUGAGUUGGCUAUGAUGUGCGACAUCAUUUACGCGGGCGAGAAGGCUAUCUUUGGUCAGCCCGAAAUCAAAUUGGGUGUCAUUCCCGGUGCUGGUGGAACUCAGCGUCUUGUCAAGGCUGUUGGAAAGUCAAAGGCCAUGGAAAUCAUUUUGACUGGCUCUGUCAACCUUAAUGCCACCGAGGCUCUCCAGUAUGGCCUUGUCAGCAAGGUUGUACCCGCUGAUCAGCUUGUCGAUGAAGCUGUCAAAACCGCUUCCAAGAUUGCCAGCAUGGGACAGCCUUCAGUCCAGAUGGCCAAGGAGGCUAUCAACAAGUCUUUCGAUGUUUCUCUGGAUGCUGGUCUCAGAUGGGAGCGCAUCUUCUUCCAGGCUCUCUUUGGCACAGCUGAUCAAAAAGAAGGCAUGGCUGCUUUUACAGAGAAGAGAAAGCCCACCUUCACAAACGAGUAA